ACUCUGCUGCCUCGUACGUGAAAAUUGGGAUCUUCUCUUCGGAGAGAUGAGAGGGUGUGGGGUUGAAAAAAUUUCAACUAAACGCCGGGCAAAGUGGCAAGAGAUUGCCACUGUUGUAAGCCAUGAAUUUACAGCUCCACGUUCUUCGGAACAAUGCCGGAAGAAAUUUCAAAAUGUAAAAGGACGUUCCAUCAACAAAGUCAGUGGGCUGCGGCAUCCACCAACAGGAGGGGGCCCAUCAGCUGUAUUGUCCGUGGCAGAGUCGUGUGUGGCAGACCAUCUUGCCACACACGAAGUUGUCACGGGCAUUGGCGGAGGAUUUGAUUCAGAUGACCUUGAACAAAUUUUUCGGGCCUCGAAACCGGCCUCAAUGAUCUUGGCAGAUGAGCCAACGUCUGAGGCCACUAUCCCAGAAACAUCAGGAGGUCCAUUGAAGUCGUGCAGACAAAAGACCGGGAAAGCAAAAAGAAAAAUUGUCACCACGGAGCAGUCCACAAUAAAUGAAUUAACUGCAGAAAACCUAUCGCUUGACAAUGUCAGAAUUAGGGAGGAGACCAAAAAAAUCAAGCUCCAGAUGGACCUAUUAUUAGAACAAAAAAAUGCACUUAUUUCAUUGAAGGAAAUGGCUGAUGCUGCCAAAAGUUAUUAUUUACAAAGGUCUUCCAUUGAGUUUCAUUCAGGAAAUCCUUUUGUAGAUUCCUUUACUUUUAAUAAAUAAUUCUGCUCAACCAAUUCAUUGGAUAUUUGAAAGUAACAAGCACACUGUUAGAUUGUCUUUGAAACAUUUUAGGCUUGUCCCUGUAUUUUUCAUUGUAUAUUUGAAGGUGAUGUACUUGUUUAAGCUAACUUCUUCAAACUUACUUUUGAGAUCCUACAUCAAUCUUCAAAUAUUUAAAGCUUUGUACAUUCUUGAAUUGCAUGUAUGAUUGGCUUAGGUGACUUUAUUUUUGAUCAAGUCAAAAUGUACUUGUUGUAUUAAGUAAUGCCCUGAAAUUCAUGUGCUAUUAAAGUUUUUAAACCAUAUAUGUUAUGCCACUAAGUUUGAUGAUGACAUUUCAUAUAUAUGUUACACAUCAUUGUUCAUCCAUGUCCAAUGAAAUAUUCUUUGUAAAGUUUGCUGAAGUAAUUAUUUAUUAAGGACAUAAGGUUUGUAGUUUGCUAUAUAGUUUAUACAUAUCAAAUUUAUAAAAUGUAUGGUUCCAUAAAGUCAUCAGACAAUUAAGUUAAGGGUAUUGCUUGUUACUUUUCAAAUAUCCAAUUGCUACACAGUUCUCAUUCAUUUAUAAUUCACAAUGUUCAUCUGGAGUUUGAGAAAGUAUCCUCUUUAUGAUUGACACUGUUAAUUUAUAUUAAUGAUUAUUUUCAUAAUGAUCAUUUUAUAGAGGCAAAUGUAUAUACUUCUUAUUGAUAGCUUUCCCUGUGUUUUGACUGCAUGACUUCAUAUACAUAUAUACAACAAUGACUCUAUGUAUUUUUUUUAGUUGAUAUAUAUCAAAUUCAACUCAUAUUAUUCAUAUGUUAUGAACAUUACAUAUCAGUUAUAUGAAAAAAAAACAGAUGUCUCUGUUUAAUUGGAACUGAUUUUGAUAGUUUGUCAUUUUAUGCAAAGUCUGAAAUGUUAAUGAAUGCAUGCUAUAACUAGACAGGAGGCAUAUGGUUUCAUUUAACAGUACCAAUGUAUCCAUUGAUUAAGGCAUAUACAACAUGGUCAUACCGUCUUCAAACCUCCUUCGGAGUGCACAUUGGCGCCAGAUUCGUGCAUCGUGUGUCCUCCCUGGCCACAUCACUACUGCUGAUGUAAUCCUAUAUGAGGCAUCACAUACAGCCUGAAAUAUACACAGUUUGAUAUUUGUGAUUUCAAAAAUGCUAAAUUACAUAUAAUUCAAAUCAGUUCAAUAAAUGUUAUGUUAAAUAUACCUUUAUAAUUGAGUACAAACUCAAGGAUUAAGAUGGUUAUGGUAAAUGACUUCAACAUCUUGGAAAAUGGAUAACAUUCAAUUCAAUUAAAUUCAUUUUACCUGCACAUUUAUUGUAGGAA